AAAAUCAACAUUCAAUUGGUAAUAUUUUUUUUCUCGACAAAAAUUUUACCUUUUUGAAAAAAAAAAAUGGAGAUAGACGAAUUGAGCCAACAGCAAACUAAGCGUCUUACUUCAUAUACAGCUCCCGCAGAAGUUUAUGAAGAUCUGAUAGGUAGUGACGACGAAGUUGAUCCCUUUUUACAACGUACUGGUUCCCGUCGCAUUGUAGAUAGACAAAGUGAAUACCAUGCUCGUAGAUUGAAUCGAGCCAUUUCACCAGAAAGGAAUGAUCCAUUCGCUGAAAAUGAAAGUAAAGACGAGUCACGAUCCUAUGCUGAUGUUAUGCGAGAAGCUGAGUUAGAAAAAGAAGAACAACGUAUCAUGCGUGAACUUGAGAAAAAGAAAAAGGAAGCUGAAAAGAAAGCAAAAGAGGUUACAGUAGAACAAGCCACAACGCAAAAAAAGCGACGUUGGGAUAUGGAAACACCUGUGGAUGUCAAACAAACGUCAGAAUGGUCAAAAGCCGAUGAUGAAUCAUCUGUUGGAAAAAGUAGAUGGGAUGAGACUCCUAGAAUAUCUGGAGACGUUGAAAUGGAUACUCCUCGCAAAAGAAGCAGGUGGGAUGUAACUCCUCAAGUUUCGGCUAAGAAAUCUCGUUGGGACGAAACCCCUACACAUCCAGUCGCUCAAAUUGGAGCCACACCCGUUGGUAACUUAGGACUUCUCACCCCAACACCUGGUCAUUUAAUGCCUAUGACUCCAGAAGCUCAACGUUGGGAAAAAGAUUUAGAUGCUCGUAAUAGGCCUCUUUCAGAUGAGGAACUUGAUGCUAUGUUCCCUUCAACAGGUUACAAGAUCCUAGAUCCGCCAGCAGGAUAUGUUCCUAUUAGAACUCCCGCUCGAAAAUUAAUGGCAACUCCAACUCCAAUGGUAGAUGGGUUUGUGAUGCUGGAGGAAGAUAGAACACAAAAUUAUGAUUUACCAGCAGAAAUUCCUGGUGUAGGCAAUUUGCCAUUCUUUAAGCAGGAAGAUAUGCAACAUUUUGGCAAACUACUAGAAGACAAAGAUGAAAGUGAAUUGUCUGUUGAAGAAUUAAAAGAACGCAAAAUUAUGCGUUUACUUUUAAAAAUCAAGAAUGGAACCCCUCCGAUGAGAAAAACUGCGCUUCGACAGAUUACAGAUAAGGCAAGAGACUUUGGAGCAGGACCUCUUUUUAAUCAAAUUCUUCCACUGCUUAUGUCACAAAAUUUGGAAGAUCAAGAACGACAUUUAUUAGUUAAAGUUAUCGAUCGUAUAUUGUAUAAAUUAGAUGCGCUAGUUCGUCCGUACGUUCAUAAAAUUCUUGUGGUUAUCGAACCUCUCUUAAUUGAUGAAGACUACUUUGCUCGAUGUGAGGGACGUGAAAUUAUAAGUAAUCUUAGUAAAGCUGCUGGUUUACCAACUAUGAUAGCUACUAUGAGACCAGAUAUUGAUCAUGUUGAUGAAUAUGUUCGUAAUACAACCGCCCGUGCUUUCUCUGUAGUAGCUUCUGCGCACGGUAUUCCUGCUUUGCUUCCAUUUUUAAAGGCUGUAUGUAAAAGCAAAAAAUCUUGGCAAGCAAGACAUACUGGUAUAAAAAUUGUUCAGCAAAUUGCUAUAUUGAUGGGAUGUGCUGUUUUGCCACAUCUUAAAAAUUUAGUAGAAGCUAUAGCUCAUGGUUUGGAAGAUGAGCAACAAAAAGUACGAACAAUUACUGCUUUAGCUAUUGCUGCUUUAGCUGAAGCCGCAGCACCCUAUGGUAUUGAAUCUUUUGACUCAGUUCUCAAACCUCUUUGGACUGGUAUUCGAAAACAUCGUGGAAAAGGAUUAGCCGCCUUUUUAAAAGCUAUCGGGUAUAUAAUUCCACUUAUGGAUGCUGAAUAUGCCAAUUAUUAUACAAAAGAGGUCAUGAUCAUAUUAAUUCGAGAAUUUCAAUCUCCUGACGAAGAGAUGAAAAAAAUCGUUCUUAAAGUCGUAAAACAAUGUGCUGCCACUGAUGGUGUACAGCCACAUUAUAUUAAAGAAGAAAUUCUUCCUGAAUUUUUCAAGAAUUUUUGGGUUCGCAGAAUGGCUCUUGAUCGUCGUAAUUACCGCCAAGUAGUUGAAACAACAGUGGAAUUGGCUCAAAAGGUUGGUGUAACAGAAAUUGUAGGUCGAAUUGUAGAAGACUUAAAGGAUGAAUCAGAACCAUACAGAAAAAUGGUUAUGGAAACUGUCGAGAAAGUUGUGAGUCAGUUAGGCGCUGCUGAUAUUGAUACUCGUCUAGAAGAAGUAUUGAUUGAUGGUAUUUUAUACGCUUUUCAAGAGCAAACUGUGGAAGAUAUUGUAAUGCUAAAUGGGUUUGGUACUGUGGUCAAUGCUUUGGGUUUACGCGUUAAACCUUAUUUGCAACAAAUUACUUCUACUAUUUUAUGGCGUCUUAAUAACAAAUCUGCAAAAGUACGUCAGCAAGCUGCUGACCUCAUUUCUCGUAUUGCAGUCGUCAUGAAAACUUGCGGCGAAGAAAAACUUAUGGGCCAUCUUGGCGUUGUGCUUUAUGAAUACUUGGGAGAGGAAUAUCCAGAAGUACUUGGUUCUAUUUUAGGAGGCUUGAAAUCUAUAGUUAAUGUAAUUGGGAUGUCCAGUAUGACACCUCCAAUUAAAGAUCUUCUUCCAAGACUUACUCCCAUCCUUAAGAAUAGACAUGAAAAGGUUCAAGAAUCAUGUAUUGAUCUUGUUGGCCGUAUAGCAGAUCGUGGUGCAGAAUUUGUCAGUGCUAGAGAAUGGAUGCGAAUUUGCUUUGAAUUAUUGGACAUGCUUAAGGCUCACAAAAAAGGAAUACGAAGAGCUACUGUAAAUACUUUUGGUUAUAUUGCGAAGGCGAUUGGUCCACAGGAUGUUUUAGCAACUUUAUUAAAUAAUUUAAAAGUUCAAGAGCGUCAAAAUAGAGUUUGUACAACAGUAGCUAUAGCUAUCGUUGCUGAAACUUGCGCUCCUUUCACCGUUUUACCCGCGUUAAUGAAUGAAUAUCGUGUUCCUGAAUUAAAUGUUCAAAAUGGCGUUCUUAAGUCACUUUCGUUCCUAUUUGAAUAUAUUGGAGAGAUGGGAAAAGACUAUAUUUACGCCGUUACGCCGUUGUUGGAAGAUGCAUUAAUGGACCGUGAUUUAGUGCAUAGACAAACUGCGUGCACUACUGUAAAACAUAUGUCACUUGGAGUUUUUGGAUUAGGAUGUGAGGAUGCUCUUCUUCAUUUGCUAAAUUACGUUUGGCCAAAUAUCUUUGAGACUUCUCCUCACGUUAUAAAUGCUGUAAUGGAAGCUAUUGAAGGGUUAAGAGUAGCACUUGGUCCAACUACAGUAUUACAAUAUGUCUUACAGGGUUUGUUCCAUCCUGCGCGAAAGGUUCGAGAGAUUUAUUGGAAGAUAUAUAAUAAUUUAUACAUUGGCGCUCAAGACGCUUUGAUUCCAUAUUAUCCACGCAUAGAAGAUGACGAAAGAAACAAUUAUGAACGAUACGAAUUGUCUAUGUGGCUAUAAAUUCUCAUAAAAGUUAAUGAAACGCGUAAAUUAUAACUUUAAAAUUCGGCGACUAUAUAGUUAUAUGAAUUUAAAAUCUCGUUACACAUAUCUUUAUCAAUCUGAUAAUCAGAAUAUAAACGACCAGUUGAACUUUUUCUUAUUUUUUAUUAGUUUUUUUUUCUUUGGAUGAUAAAUUACGAAAAUGGUUUGUACUUAUAGAGAAAAGGGAAUCUAAUAAAUAAAGAUUUGAAUAGCACUGAUGUAUAAUUUUUUUAAUUACUGAAAGCGACUACGCUUUUUGCAUCCUUUUCAUUUAUGCAUAAUUUUUUCACAAUAGAAGCUAUCUUUAUAUACGGGGAUUAUUCUGUAUGCAACUAAAUUAAACAAUUAUUAAAUAAAUAAUAAGCAAAUACAGAAAGCUUUGAGGAUUGAC